AUGAAGAGCCCAAUUGUGCGGUCCAUAUUGGGCGCCCUGUGCGUCUUCAUCAUCAUCAUGGCUACCAUGCACAAUGACAGCCUUCACGUUCGCUCCAAGCUGUUCGAGCAAGCCGGCAGGACUGGAUCCUCACACGCCUCCCAGCAGCAUCUCGACAGCAAACCUGCCUCGUCACCCAAGGUCAAAAUGGAUUGCAACGCCGACCUAGCCCACUUGACUCAGAUCAAAGAGCGCUAUAAUCUCGAGGACAGGUUUCAAUACAUGAAGCGCUACGUCCGAUUUACUCGCAAAGACGGCCUCGAACGCAAGCGAAUGACCAAGCUCUCCCAGAAACUGCUCCCUGAUAGCUUCAGAACGGUUGAGCUGAGCAAAGGCUUCGGUGGAGGUGAUGUGUGUGCUGCUCCCCUUGAGGUUGACGUGCCCGCGUCAGACUACCCUCGCACCGUCAACGCGUCCGACUACAUCUUUGGAGUCUCGACCACGUACAAACGCUUCAUGGACGCAAGCACGACGCCCAUCAACGAGUGGAUCUUUUGGCUCACCGACAGCCACGGCAACUCAAACGGCGGCAAGCUGCUGCUCAUGCUCCUCGAUGCCACCGACGAUCAGCUUCAAGAGGUGGCCAACAUGCUGGGCGACGUGGGCAUCGAUGUCGACGUCUACCACUCCGACUCGUCUGUUGAGAUGGCCGUCCGAUACCUGACUCUGGUGCCAACUCUCUUCACCCAUCCCGAAGCAAAAAGCAGAAAGUGGCUGGUAACUUGUGAUGACGACACCUUUUUCCCCAACAUGCAUGGCCUCAUUGAGAAAAUGGCGACCUUUGACCACACAAGGGACAUGUACAUUGGCACUUUGUCCGAAGACGUCGGUGCCAUUGAGCGUCACGGCUCUCAGGCCUUUGGAGGAGCGGGCGUCUUCCUGUCGCGGUCUAUGGCAGAGAAAAUCACUGGCCACUUUGGCGGCUGUACCACGCAGGCCAAGAUUCUCGAGUCCAACUCCGGCUGGGGUCCUCAGGGCGACAUCAUCCUGCGCAAGUGCAUCUACGAAAACACAGAGGUGCGAUUGACCACUCUCUGGGACCUCUGGCAGCUCGACUUUUUCGGCCACCCCAGUGGUUUCUACGAAUGGGGCAUCAAGCCGCUCUCGCUGCAUCAUUACCGUGGCGGCGGCUGGCACAGCGCCAAGCCUGGACAAUACACCAAGAUUGCCCACGCGUGUGGCGAGGAUUGCACUCUGAUGCGCUUCCAAACCACGGACGACUUCAUCAUCUCGGGCUACUCCAUUGCCCACUAUCCCCAAGGCAUCACUUUCGAUACCAACCAGCUGGAAGCCACUUUGUACGCUGCGCCUGAGAACAAGGGCUGGAACCUUGACUUUAUGUUUGGCCCGCGGCGACAGUCGCUCCUCAAGACGGGGCGCAAGAUUUCCUGGGAGCUUCAGGAGUCCGAACUCCAAUCGGAUGGUUCCGUUCUGCAAACAUAUACGCGAAGCAGAAAUGACGAGAGAUGGGUCCACGCCGAUAAGCAGCCAAUGAGCAACAUUGACGGUGUCAUUGAGCUUGUUUGGAUCCCCUCAUAA